AUGGAGGUAGUCGCGGAGAGCCCCUGCCCCUAUACCGCAGCAGCGGACGUCGGUCUCCGUGCGCGCGCGCCGCAGCUCCGCCAGCGGGCACCCGCGGAAGCACCAGCCGCGGGCUCCGAGCCACGCCCCGCCCGGCCGGGCGCUGGCAGGAGAGCGGCGAAUGCGACCCGCUCGCGGCAAUACUUGGCGCGAUGGACCCCCGAGGAGGACGCGAUUCUGUUGGAGCACGUGAUGGCGCACGGCACGGCGGAGUGGGGGCAGCUCAGGGCGAGCGGCCGGCUGCCGCUGCGCGACAACAAGGCGUGCUGCAACCGCUUCCUGCUGCUCAAGAGGAAGUUCCUCCAACUCGACGACCACCAGCAGCAGGAGCCGCAUUACCAGCCGCAUUACGAGCAGCCCCGCCAGCAGCACGACACCUCCCCCUGGCCCCGCCGCCAGCAUGAUGCGCACCCCGCCAACCUCCCCUGCUGCCUCCAACCGGCUGACACCGCACUGCACCUGAUGGCCACUGCGCCACACGCCUACCCACAGGCGGCACAGGCAAGGCAGCACUCGGCGGCACGGCACAGCGGGUGGAAGGGCGAGUGGAGGGGGAGCCUUGAAGGGGUUGCGUGGUGGGAGGGGGUGGUGGACCCGCGCCUGGGAAGCACUCUCACGGUCGCACAUGCGUGGGAUGGCGCAGUGGCGUGCGGACGUGUUAGUGAGUCGGUGUGCACCAAGAGUGCAUGGGUUCAAGGCAAUGCGGUGCGGCUGCAGCAACAAACGGCCGUGGUGAAGCAGCAGCAGCAGCAGAUUCACGCAGGUGGAGUGUGGGCGUGCGUGGAGCAGGCUGUGAAGGCAAGCGCCUCUGCUGCUCCAUCAGCAUGCUGUGCCGUGCUGCAACCACCCUCUGCCUCGCCUGCACUCCCUACCGCUUCCAGUCGCCUCAGCCACUGUCCUCUUGGUCUGCUGCACCCAGAUGCCCCACUCAUGCUACCCUCCUCACCUCCCUCAAGCCACUCUGCACCUGCAGCAGACGCUGUUGCUGCUGCUACUGCCACUGCUGCUGCUGACCCAUGCCCGCCCCAGCUUCAACUGCCCACCCCACUCUCUGCUUCCUCGUCGCUGCCCUGCCUGCUCCCCGCGCUGCCUCCCCUCCACCCUCUCCCUCUCCCUCUCUCCCGUCCGGACUCUCACCUGCACGCUCCCCAGCCCCUUGCUGCACUCCGUGGCACCACUGCUGCGCCUGCCGCUGCUGGUGCUGCCAUUGACGCAUGUGUGAGGGCAGGGCCGUCGGACGGGCAGUCUCAGGCGGAUAUGGACAGGUGGGUUCUGGAGCAGGUGGGGCUCAUGGUGGGCGGGCAAGAAGGGACUGCGCCCGGGGGUGGUACGCUGCUGGCAGAUGUGAGAGGGGGAGGUGGGGUUGGAGUGGGUGGAGGAUUGGGAGAAAUGGAAAUUGCGGCAGGGGAUGGAGGGGGAAUGGUCGGUCAUGGGGGAAAGAGGACAAGGGUGAGUGGCGGAGGAAAGUGGGAUGAGCAGCAUGGGGAGGCGUGCAUGUGGGAGGGGCCUGGAAGUCACUGUGGAGGGAGGAAGCGGGUUGAGCAGGAAGGGGAGCCAGCGAUGCUGAGCCAGGAGGAUGGGCAUUGGCAGGCUGUUGCCAGUGACGAAUCCCGAGCUCAUAACCUUGAUGACACAAGGGUUCUGAAGAGCCAACUCCUGACUGUGUUGCAGAGUGCCCUUAGUGGUGACGAGAUAGAUAGUUUCAUGAAUCAGUAUGGUGAUGUUUUGUCAGAAUGA